AUGGGGCGGCCGGAGGACUAUGGCCAGACGAUCAACGCGGUUAUCUGGUCUCAGGUUGGAGCGUCGCUAUUCUUUCUGUGCCUACGGUUAUACUGCAAAUUUAAGAAACGCAGUGGACUCUGGUGGGACGACCAUGUUCUCAUAGCAUCUUGGGUCACCUUGAUGAUUGCAUCAGCAUUAACAACGUGGAACGUGUCCCUCGGCUUCGGCAAACAUGUGUACCAAAUCAAUCCAGUAAACUUCCCUCAGAUCGGCUUGAACGGCAAUGUCAUCAGUACGAUAUCGAUUACAUCGGCGGUAUGGAGCAAAACAUCCUUCGCGAUGACUUUACUCCGAAUCGAGGAGAAAGGUUGGACAAGAAACUUGAUAUGGGGUGCGAUUAUAUCGAUGAACGUCCUUAUGGGCCUCAACGCUAUGGCUGCUUGGGUGCAGUGUACCCCGAUCGAAAAGUACUGGCUUCCCCAAACACCAGGAAAGUGCUGGAGUCCGAAGGUAGCAGCUUACUACGGGGUAUUUGCUGCAGGAUAUUCUGCUCUAAUGGACAUACUGCUCGCCAUGCUCCCAUGGAAAUUGAUAUGGGGACUUCAAAUGAAGAUGAAAGAGAAGAUUGGUGUCGGCAUUGCCAUGAGUAUGGGACUAUUCGCUGGCGGGACCUCGAUUGUCAAGUGCACGACGAUUCCUACUCUGCUUUCUGGAGACUUUACAUAUGACGGUAGCGACCUCGUCAUUUGGGGAACCGUGGAAUCAGGUGUAACGAUCAUGGCGGCCUCCAUACCUGUUCUCCGUGUCCUCAUCCGCGACGUUGCAAGUACUGCUCGCAAGUACUACGGCAACUCAGCCACCCGUACCAAUGGGUCUCGAUUCGGCGGAGGCCUCACGCGUACCAACACAGUAACUGUAACAACUUCGACAACACGAAAGGGUUCUAUUAGGAGGAAAUGGGACAAGCUCGCCGAUGAUCGGAGCGAUAAAAGCAUACUUGGGGUCGAGUCGGAACCCGGGUUUGGCAAGAUCGUCAGGACAAACGAGAUCGUUGUGCAGUAUGAUACGAGGAGCGAUGUUGAAGGGCAUAAUGGGAGCUACGAGAUGGACCAGAUGGAUCGUAUGAACCGCAUGGUAUAA